GUGAGUGCCGGCGAUUUCUCUGUGGAUGGGUUCGCUAAGGGACCCCAGGGUCACCUGUCAAGGGCCACCCCGCCGGUCACGUUGGCCGCUGAGCCGCCCCAGGCCCUGAUUACCCCGUUAGCGCUUCCCCCGCCGGCCCCCGCCUCCCUCCAGGACGAAGCAAUCCAUCGCCGAUCGGCCUGUGCAUGUGAGUGGAGCGGCGGAGAUCUCGGCGAUCGGCAGCUCUGGCCUGGUCUGUUGUGUAGCGGCGGCUCCGUGUCUGCUGCUGCACGCUGCUUCUCCCUCCCGGUGUCUACGUCUCCUGCGCUCCGCUCCCGGCACCCAGCCAUGGCCGACGCCUCCGACAAGCCCUACCGGGCCGAGUACGCCAAGAGCGGCCGCGCCUCCUGUAAGAAGUGCGGGGACAGCAUCGCCAAGGAGUCGCUGCGGCUCGCCAUCAUGGUGCAGUCGCCCAUGUUCGAUGGAAAAGUUCCACACUGGCACCACUACUCCUGUUUCUGGAAGCGUACACGAGUCUUAUCCCAUGGGGAGAUUGAUGGCUUCACGGAACUACGGUGGGACGAUCAGGAAAAGGUUAAGAAGGCGAUUGAAACUGGUGGAGCCACAGCCGGGGCAGGAGGUGACGCUAAAGGAGGCAAAGCAAGCAUGACGCUGAAUGAUUUCGCAGCUGAAUAUGCAAAGUCCAACCGAAGCACCUGCAAAGGCUGUGACCAGAAAAUAGAGAAGGGUCAGGUCCGAUUAUCGAAGAAGAGCUUGGAUGUGGAGCGGCCUCAGCUGGGGAUGAUUGACCGCUGGUAUCACCCAGACUGCUUUGUGAGCCGCAGGGAAGAACUUGGCUUCCUCUCGAUAUACAACGCUGGUCAGAUGAAGGGUUUCAGCAUUCUCAGUGCAGAAGACAAAGAGUCUCUGAAAGCGAAGCUCCCCGCAGUAAAGAAUGAGGGGAAGCGGAAGGGGGAUGAGAUUGACGGAUCUGCCGUAUCUAAAAAGAAGCUAAAGAAAGAGAAAGAAAAAGAAUCAAAGCUUGAAAAGUUGCUGAAGGAGCAGACGGAGCUCAUCUGGAGUAUAAAGGAUGAGCUGAAGAAGGUCUGUAGCACCAAUGACCUGAAGGAGCUGCUAAUCGCCAACAAGCAGCAGGUCCCAUCUGGAGAGACCAACAUCCAGGACCGGGUGGCGGAAGGAAUGGCGUUCGGAGCUUUACUCCCUUGCGAGGAAUGCAAGGGACAGUUUGUGUUCAAGACGGAUGCUUAUUAUUGCACAGGAGACAUCAGCGCUUGGACUAAAUGUGUUGCAAAAACACAGACCCCCAGUAGAAAGGACUGGGUUAUACCGAAGGAGUUUCAUGAAGUGCCGUACCUGAAAAAAUUCAAGUUUAAAAAACGGGACCGGGCCUUCCCUCCAUCGGCAGCACCAGCUCCUGUCAGUGCUCCAGCACCGGCUAUACCGGCUGUUAAAGAGGAGCCUAUUCCAGAAGGCAAGCCAUUGACAAACAUGGUGGUUCUUGUUGUUGGUAAACUGUCCAAAAAUAAAGAUGAAGUAAAGUCUUUGAUCGAAGAGCUGGGAGGGAAGUCAACCGGAUCUGCAAAUAAAGCCACCGUCUGCGUCAGCACCCAGAAGGAAGUGGAUAAGAUGGGUAAGAAGAUGGAGGAUCUGCAGGCGGCCAAUGUACAGGUGGUGAGUGAGGACUUCCUGAAGGAGAUCCAGUCUGGGAAGAGCAUUCGGGACUUGCUGACACAGUACCGGAUAUCGACGUGGGGUGCGGAGAUCAAGCAGGAGGUGCCGGAAGCACAGCCGAAGCAGAAGGCCAGUGCUGGCAAGAGCGCAGGGAAAGUGAAGGAAGAGCAAGGAGGCAGCAAAUUUGAGAAGAAAAUGAAGUUGACAGUUAAAGGGGGAGCAGCCAUUGACCCGGAUUCCGGACUGGAAAAUUCAUGUCACGUGUUGGAGAAGAGUGGCAAGAUUUUCAGCGCUACCCUGGGCCUGGUGGAUAUAACGCGAGGAACAAACUCUUAUUACAAACUGCAGCUCAUAGAACAUGACCGAGACGCCAGGUACUGGGUGUUCCGGUCCUGGGGUCGGGUGGGAACAGUUAUAGGAAGUAACAAGCUGGAGGAAAUGUCAUCGAAAGAAGAAGCAAUUGACCAUUUCCUGAGCCUGUACCAGGAGAAGACCGGCAAUGUCUGGCAUUCCACCAACUUCACCAAGUACCCCAACAAGUUCUACCCGCUGGAGAUAGACUAUGGGCAGGAGGAGGAUGUGGUGAAAAAGCUGUCUGUGAGCGCUGGAACCAAAUCCAAACUUCCAAAGCCGGUGCAGGAGCUCAUCAAGCUGAUCUUUGACGUGGAAAGCAUGAAGAAAGCCAUGGUGGAGUUUGAGAUCGAUCUCCAGAAGAUGCCGUUGGGGAAGCUUAGCAAGCGGCAGAUUCAGAGCGCCUACUCUAUUCUAAACGAAGUACAACAAGCUGUAUCGGAAAGUGCUGGCGAAGCUCGGCUGCUGGAUCUGUCCAAUCGCUUCUACACGUUGAUACCUCAUGACUUUGGGAUGAAAAAGCCGCCGCUCCUGGAUAAAGAGGAGUACAUCCAGGCGAAGGUACAGAUGCUGGACAAUCUGCUGGACAUUGAAGUCGCGUACAGUCUCCUCAGGGGCGGCACAGACGAUACGGAAAAGGAUCCCAUCGAUGUGAAGUACGAAAAGAUCAAGACGGAUAUAAAGGUGGUUGACAAGGAUUCAGAGGAAGCGAAUAUAAUCCGGCAGUACGUCAAGAACACGCACGCUGAGACUCAUAACGCGUACGACCUGGAGGUCAUUGAUAUCUUCAAGAUCGAGCGAGAAGGAGAACGUCAGCGAUAUAAGCCGUUUAAGCAGCUGAACAACCGUCAGCUCCUCUGGCACGGCUCCCGCACCACCAACUUUGCGGGGAUCUUCUCUCAGGGUCUGCGAAUUGCUCCGCCUGAGGCCCCUGUUACUGGUUACAUGUUCGGAAAGGGUAUCUAUUUUGCCGACAUGGUAUCUAAAAGUGCAAACUACUGUCAUCCGAUGCCGGGUAGCCCUAUGGGUCUGAUCCUGCUGGGAGAAGUCGCUCUGGGAAACAUGCACGAGUUAAAGGCUGCUGCACACAUAACAAAAUUACCAAAGGGUAAACACAGUGUAAAAGGUUUGGGCAGAACGGCGCCUGACCCUUCGGCCACUGUACAACUGGACGGAGUGGAUGUUCCCAUGGGGAAAGGCACUUCCACCAACAUUAACGACACCAGUCUACUGUAUAACGAAUAUAUUGUCUAUGACAUUGCCCAAGUCAAUCUGAAAUAUCUCCUGAAGCUGAAAUUCAAUUACAAAGGGGGACUUCUGUGGUGAUCAGCACCAUCCUGCAUACAGCAACUUUAUUUGUAGAUAUAUAAACCUUAAAACUGACCUAAAGCCCUCUUUCGGCUACCUAACUACUUUCCAAGAACUUCCACGGUGCACACACCAGAACUUUUGCUUUGUACCUUUACUGACCAGAGGGGGGCAGUAGUGAUAUGCACCAUAAUAUAUUGCUAACCCCACAAGCAAUUUAACAAGUGUGCAAAAUAUCCUCGUAUGCAACUGACAUAGAGAAGCUUCCUAUAACUAGCUGGUAGGCCACCCUACCACGAGUCCCAGCUGCAGAUACACUGCUUCUUAUUCAUGUAUAUUUGCUGAUAUUUGAAUUUUUGCAUCAUGCUAGAGAAAACAAAACGGACGGGGGGAAAAACGGUAAGAUGCAGCAAAGCAGAUCUGGUCAUAUUAGCAUUUUUAAGGAAAGAUGUAUUGCCUACUUUUUGUUGAAACCGUUCUUCCAUUACUUUCAGAAUUGUUAAAAGUUUUUUCUUUAUUUUAAGGUAAAAAAAAGAAAAAAUGAAUAAAACAAAUUUCUUACCGGUUACUGUUUUGUACAGAUGGGUGAAUUAUUUUCUUUUCAUUAUUUUGUUUUGUUAUUAUUUUUUUUAAGUAAUGAUUCCUGGAGUUUAGCUGGUUUAUGAAUUGCAGCAGAAUACCCAGAAUGCUUUUGGUUGUUAGAGUCCCUUGUCUAUCAGUGAUACCUACUACACGCCACAAAAUAAAGCCAUUCCCUUACUUUUCA